AAACAUAUUCAGAAAUAUAUUCGUUAGCAAAAGAAUUUAACCAACUCAAAACAUCCUAUCAAACAAGUAAUGAUUAUGAAUUAGAAUUUAAAGAAAAAUUAGAGACAGAAGAAUUACCUUCUGAAAAUGUGGAACUUAGCGAUGUACAAGAUAAUAAAAAGAUGAAAGAUAAUGAAAAAAUUCAACAAUUCGAUAAUCAAAUCAUUACGCUAUUACAAAUUGAAACUUUUCAAAGAAUAUUUGCUCAACAUCCUAUUGAAGAAAAUAAUGAAGAGCCCGAAAAAACCAUUCAUAGUCAUUACCAGAUUAAUGAUAUUAAACCCAUAGUACAUGCACUUUCAGGAAGAAGAUCUUGCCAUGCUUUGUCAUUUUCAACUAUUUUAAAUGCUCUUAUAUUUAUUAUCAAUUAUACAAAUUGCUAUGGGUUGCCAUUACCAG